AUGGGGGACAUCAAUACUCAGGCAGAAAACAAGCUCUGUGGAACAUUAGACGUCCCUUCAGAUCAACACAUACAACAGGAAGUAUUGACUGUAAAAAUGAAUCUAUUUCACAGACUUCAUCUUGAAGGCAGACUUAACAAUAAACUGGGAGCUGCUGAUGUUCUUCAGUUAACAUCUGUACAUUCAUUACAGUCCCAUGAGUCUUGUGCUGAAGAGGAGCUGAGUCAGACUUUCAUACAAAAACUACUGAUGAUGAACUACAGAGCAAGAUACAUUAAAUAUAAAGAGACCAAUGAGGAAAGUCACAAUGAACAAGGCACCAAUGACUCAUGUAGACAAGAGGCAGAUUCUGAUGACUUUUUUUUUAAUUUAGGGUCAUUGCCUAAUAAAGGUAUUAGUAAAUCUGAACGAAUCCACCCGAUGGAUGUUCAGAUGGCUGUGUUUCAUUGUGCUGAUGGUUUCCUGAAGCAGUUGAUGGUGACUAAACUGUCCCAGUGUCAGUACGCUCUGCCUCUGCUUGUUCCUGAUCCAUUCACACAACAGAUUGAGUUUCCUCUCUGGACAUUCAGACAAAUCAACAAGAGCUGGAAGAUGAGAAACACCAACAAUGAGACCAUCAGUCAAACCCAUCCGGUCUACAAGGCACAAACUCCAAUGGUGUCUUUCUUCAGGUUUGGCUCUGUGUCCUCAUCCAAGUCUCAGCUGAUGAACAGUCUGAUCAAUGAGAAACACGACACGUUCUUCCACAGGAACUGUUCAGGCAGCAGCAGAACCAGAGUCCUGAUGGAUGGAGUGGUGGAGAUCGCCUGGUUCUGCCCCUCUGGAUCAUAUGAUGAUAAAUUCACUGACUGUGUUGCGUUCUGUAAUCUACACGGUGAUGCUGGAGAUCAUGAGAAACAGCUGCAGAUCCUCACUGAAAUGGCUUCGGUCAAUGUUGUCGUUCUACCACGACUUCAGAAGAAUGACAAAAACAUGAUAAAACUUAAACAACUGUACAAGGACUCAAAGCCACUCAUUUGUCUUUUUACUGAUGAUGAUGAUUCAGCUGUAGCUGUGAUGAAGAAAAAAUAUAGGAUUGGUCUGAAGGACAGAAAUCAGUCAGAAGUAUCUGAAGAACUCAGAAGAGCCAUAAAUGAGUGUCUCUCAGAAUCAUCUUCCACUUUCAGACUUGAAGAUGUGUCCAAACACUCAGACAUCACAGUAGAUGAUGAAGAUGAUGAUGAUUGCAAGAGAGGAAGAGAAGCAGCACAGCAGAUGAUGAGUUUACUGGAGAAGAAAGAUCUGACAGAAAUCAAAGACUCAUUUCUGCCUCAUCAGGGGAAACUGUGGCAUCAGUGGAGUCAGAAAAACAAAGAACUACAUCGACCUCGAUCAGAUGAACUAGAAAUGGACAUCAGUAGAAAACUAACUGAGAUGAAGAAAAUUCGUGAACAGCAGCAUGAAUCUGACAUCAGUGAGUUUAUGAAGUUCUUCAUUAAAGAAAUGAACACACAUACUGGAGAUAAGAUGUAUUUCGUUAAAUGGCUUGGAAUACGCUUGGAUGAAUAUACAUCAGCUGAUUUUUCUGUUCUUCAUCACAAAUAUGAUGAAUUAUGGUCAAUGGUCUUAAAACUAAAAGAGAAACAUGAACCAGAAAAACUGAGAGCUAAACAAGCAGAACUUGAGAGAAUAUCUGAGGAUCUUCAAGCUGCAUCCUUUGGUUUGGAGCACAUCAUGAGGGAGAUCGGUCAGAUCCAUGAAUCAUGUUCAUCUGUGGAGAACAAGAAAGAUCUGCCGUUUGACUUCUCUUCUCUCCCAAGUCUUGCAGCAGAGAUGAUGAUCUCUGGAUUUCCACUGGAGCUGAUGGAUGGAGAUGCUGCUCAUGUUCCUGUGAUCUGGAUCUCUGCUGUUCUAGAUGAACUCAUCCAGAAACUGGGAGACCAGAGAGUCUUUGUGCUGUCAGUUUUAGGGAUUCAGAGCUCUGGGAAAUCCACCAUGCUGAACGCCAUGUUUGGACUGGAGUUUGCCGUCAGUGCUGGCAGGUGCACCAGAGGAGCUUUCAUGCAGCUGGUCAAAGUCUCAGACGAGAUGAAAACACAGAUGAACUUUGACUAUAUUCUGGUUGUUGAUACUGAGGGUCUUCGUGCUCUAGAACUGGCUGGACGAUCAAUACAGCAUCAUGACAAUGAAUUGGCCACAUUUGUUGUUGGUCUUGCAAAUCUGACCUUGAUCAACAUCUUUGGUGAAAACCCAUCUGAGAUGCAGGACAUUCUUCAGAUUGUUGUUCAGGCCUUCCUGAGGAUGAAGAUGGUCAGACUGAAUCCCAGCUGUGUGUUUGUGCAUCAGAACGUCUCAGACGUCGCAGCUGGAGAGAAAAACAUGGAGGGAAGGAGACGACUGCUGCAGACACUAGAUGAUAUGACAAAACUCACUGCUAAAGAGGAAGGCUAUGAUGCAGAAUGUUUUAGCGAUGUCAUUAGAUUUGAUAUUCAGAAUGAUGUGAAGUAUUUUGCUCAGCUCUGGGAGGGAAACCCACCGAUGGCACCACCAAACCCAAACUACUGUGAGAAUAUUCAAGAACUAAAGAAAACUAUACUUUCACAUGCUUCAAGAUCAGAUGGAAAGAUGUUUAGACAACUAAAACAUCAUAUUAAAGAUAUCUGGAAGGCUUUACUGAAGGAAAGAUUUGUCUUCAGCUUUCAAAAUUCCCUUGAGAUUUCUGCCUACAGGAAACUGGAGACUGAAUACAGCAAGUGGUCCUGGAGUCUUCGCAGUGCCAUGAUGGAAACUGAGAACAAACUACACAACAAAAUAGAAAAUGAAGCAAUUCAUGAGGUUGAGGAAACCGAUCUUCAAAAAGAACUGAAGAAGACAAGUGAAGAAGUGGAGAAAUCAAUGUCUGAAUUCUUUGAGAAAGACAAAGAUAAAGAUAUACUGAUUCAGUGGAAAACAUCAUUUGAAAUCAAAAUCAAAGAGCUUCAGGAAAACAUUGUGAGAGAAACAAAGAAGAAAUUAAAUGAGAUUCUUCAGCAGCGAGACCUGAAGAAAAAGAUUGAUGCUCAGAGGAAACAUCAUGAGAACGCUCUCUAUGAAAAGAGCAAAGAACUUCCCUUAAAACUCAAAGACAAAACACAAGAUGAAGAACAUUUGAAGAAAAAAUGUGAUGCUGAGAGGACACAUCAUGAACAUACCCUUUAUAAAAAGAGUAAAGAAAUUGCCUUAAAACUCAAAGAAAAAGCAAAUGAUGAAGAAACAAUGAAGAAAGAAUUUGACUUGUUUUGGGAUCAGAGUGUGAGGAAGAUCAUCACAGACACUCUUCCAAUCAAAGACAUUGACCUAAUGAGAGAUGCAAGAGACAUCCUCAGUGAUGUCAAUGAGGGGCACCUCUCUGUGGACCACAAUAAAGAGGACAGUGAGUACAUCAAUAUUUUCACUGUGUCCAGUUAUAAUGAAUAUAUUACUUUAAAAAAAUACACAAAACGUUGGCCUGUAAAGGCUUUAAAGGGUGCUUACAGAAAAGUUAAAGAAGCAUUUGGAUACACUCGAACUCUCUCUCCAGAGAAGGAAGCUCAAAUAAGAUCAUUAAUCACAGAUGUUGACCAGCAGACAGACAAGAUGAUUGAGUCAUUUAACAUUUCAACAAUGGGCUACAAAAUCAGCUACAUUAAACAACUCACAGAUUACAUCAAGGAGAGAGUAACACAACAUCAGGAAGAAUCAGAGAAAUAUGAGUUCAAGAAGGAAUUCUUCAUGGAUUUGGUUCUUUCCAUCUGUGAGAGAGCAAACAAAACGAUCACUGACCAACACAGAAAGUACAAGGAAGCAAUAUAUGUUCAGAAGCGAGAAGAACAGUACGGUAUUUUCCAGAAAUACUGUCAUGGAGCAACAUCAACAGCCAUUUUUGGAGAGAUCGUCUGUCAGAAGCUGAAAGAGCCCAUUGAGCAGAGUGUCUACAAGAAGACUGCCAGAGAUCUGACAGAUGAAAUGAGAUCAAACUGUGAAUCACUGAAUGGAAACAGAUCAAAUCUGGAAAAACACAUCCUGAAGACACUGGCAGAAGAGGAGGAUUUUGUCAAAUACAUCAAUUACAUUGAUAAUCCCAAGGAUCACUUUAAGAGUUUCAUCAGAGAUGAAGUCAGUCGGUACAUCACUGAUAAGUUCAAUGUCAGUGUUUUACCCAAGAUGAAGGAGAACAUUGAACUCCUGCAGCAGAAGAUCAUGAACGCAGCACAUGAAUCUACUGAACGUGUUCAGGUGAACAGAGGAGAUGUUGGAUUAUGGUUGAAGAGUUUCACACAGCAGCUCUCUGAUGUGCUGAUCUUCUCUGAAAAAGACCUCAGUGGAGUCAAACAUGAUGAUGUUGAGGAUUUCAACCUCCUCGAAGAUGUGAUAAGACAAGAGCUUCCUGUAAUAAUGUCUGCCAUCAGCAGUAACUUCAGCAAAAAUACAUUUCCUGCAAAUCUGGACUAUAAGAUCAGGCCAGAUGAGCUUCUGAUUGGUCACUUCUGUCAGUGCUGUUGGGUUCAGUGUCCGUUCUGUGGAGCCGUCUGCACCAACACCAUAGAGAACCAUCAUGGAGAUCACAGUGCUCCUUUCCACCGUAAUAUUGGACUAAAUAGCAUAUAUUACAGAAAUACAUCUAACUUAUCUACUCAUAUCUGCACAUCAGCAGUAGCAAGCAGCACUCUAUAUUUUCAUCCCAUUGAUUCAGAUGAUACAGUCCUGUAUAGAGAAUACAGAAGAGCAGGAGGAGUUUAUGCAGACUGGAGCAUCACAUCUGAUCUCUCUGAACUGCCCUACUGGAAGUGGUUUGUCUGCAGAUUCCAGAAAGAUCUUGAAAAGCAAUACAAUAAAACAUUUGAGGGGAGCGGUGAUAUUCCGGAUGAAUGGAGAAAAUACUCAAAACAUGAUGCUAUUGAGAGUUUGAAUUAACACCUCAAAAGGAGAUAAAUAUUAGACUCUUGCAUCUCUCAGAUCACAGUCAGAAAUAAGUUUCUAUUACAUUCACCAGUGAGUCUGAAGUCACCUAUACCCCAGAAGAGCAGAACUUCAUGAAAUACACUAGAAUAGGAUUAAAGACAGGAUUCAAUUCCUCAUAC